GCACAGGCAGAAUUUAAACAUAUCUGUAAGACGUAUUGUUAUCAUGCAUGGAAGACAUAGGUGCUUUUUCCCCCACCUUCUUCCCGGCGAGAGCCUUUGCUCCGUCCCAUAUCCAACCCUUUCGCAUGUUGGGUGCCUAAUCUGUCGCCUUUAAAGCUAACAAGUUGUUCAAUUGAGUCUUAGGUAUUUCUUUCUUACCCUACUCUCCAGAGCGUAUGGGAGUAAUAUAUAACCCAGGCUCUUCUCAUUACAUUGGUGGGGGAAUUAGCAUCAACUCAUCCAAUUCUCAAAGCCUGGAAACAACACGACGUCUAUGAAGAUGGCAUAUGCGGGGACUGAUUAUUAUUAUGAUUCUUACUAUUCACGACCCUCUGUUGGUGGAGGCCUAGACUCACCGGAAGCCUCACUGAAGAGCAACCCGCCUGGGUUGGUUGGUAACUGGUACCAACACAUCUGUGAGGGUCACUGUCCGAUGCGAUGGUCCGCAUUUAAGGACUUUAUUGUCGAACAGGAAGAUUUGAUGGCUCGUACUUCAGAUUCUCCGAUAAUCCAUCGUCAUGUUCAACGAGAUGGAGUUUGGGUAACCCUCUCCAUCUCUAUUCAAGACCCGGAUAUGAGAGAAAUUCUAAACGACGUGCUGAAGGACUAUCCAGAGUUUGACCCGAAAGUCGAAAACUGGACCUUUGAGCCUCCUUACCAGCCCUUGGUUCAUCGUUGGGACAAUCUUCAGCAAUACGAUACUGAGGACCUGGACGUGAGAAAGGCGUUGACCUCUAUGCUAAUAUUCCUAACACCCAUUGUUAACCCCACGAUGCUAUCUCUUGGGAAACUUCGGGAGUCUGGAAAAAUCGACUAUCAGAACAUAUGGCAUCUCUUUGCUCCAGGCACCUUGGUAAUUGCUAAGUUAUACGGAGUCGAUACCAUUUCCCGAGCAAAUCGCUGUGAUCGAAUGUCUGGUUUCUGGCUCGUUCGUCUAGAGUAUAUCGAUUGGAACGGCGACAUAAGUGGUUACGAGACGGCCACCCAAAAAAUCAAAAUAUUUGAAGGCUACCAGCUAGUCACAAAGCUAGAGGUAUUCCCAAUUUCGUAUCUCGAUAAUGAGGCCGGAGUCAGAAAGACUGCCACUGAGAAAGGCCGAAAAUUCGAGCAACUUCGUGGGUAUCGAUACGUAGAGUACAAUGGGACCAAGGUGAUGAUUGAAACCGAUAAGCCUCAUCAUAAACAAAUUACCGGCCGAGUUUGUCUCGAUGCUUAUGCGUACUACAACGUCCUAUCGAUCAGCAAACGUACACUACGGCCAUCGCCUGGUGGAGAGGAGCGCCUACCUAACACGGAAUAUGGCAAGGCCUGGAAUUUACCUCACAAGUCACGCAAAGCACUUCAAUGGGAGGCGUACUCCGGACCGCUCCACGAGGCCAAACACUCGCCGAACCAUAAACACAAGGAUAACGAGAUUCUGUGUCCACUCACAGAGGAGGAACUACUCAUCACAAACCCCUGGCUAAUAGGCUUCGACUUAAAAGCGAAGGACUUCGGCAAAUUCCACAUCGACAACGUGAAGGAAGUGACGUGGAACGAUGAGGCUUACGACAAGCUAGUUUUACCUAACCGCGAAAAGGAGCUGACCUGGUCAUUUGUCAAGGGAAAACAUCGUGCGAAUGAAACCAAGUUCGACGACUUCAUCCAGAAGAAGGGUCGCGGUCUUAUUAUUCUCUUGUUCGGACCGCCUGGUGUAGGAAAGACGUUUACCGCAGAAGCAGUCGCUGAGAAGUCUAAAGUGCCCCUCUAUGCCAUGAGCGCAAGUGAUCUUGGGAUCAAGCCUAGAGAGAUGGAGAAGGCAUUGGAGCGGGCGCUCAAGUUGUGCCACUUAUGGGACGCCAUGUUCCUCCUAGACGAGGCGGAUGUUUAUCUCAGCGCCAGAGGAGACGACUCCCUCUCCCGAAACGAGCUUGUGUGCAUCUUCCUUCGCUUACUUGAGUACUACGAAGGCACGCUGUUCCUGACCACCAACCGCGCUACGCAAAUUGAUCAUGCCUUCCAAUCGCGCAUUGACCUUUUCUUACCUUACCAGGAUCUCGGCAAGGACGUUCGCCGUAAGAUCUGGGCGAACUUCCUCGAGCGCACCGGAAACAAUGGGUUUCCAGUCGUCGACGAAAUGCUUGAUAAAUUAGCCGAAAUCAAGCUCAACGGUCGCGAGAUCAAGAACCUCAUCAAGAGCGCACAUAUGCUAGUGCUCGGAAGCGAUGAUGAUGACAUUACACCUUUGGAACGUUUGUACAUGCUUGCUCAGACACACGUGCAGGCUAUCAAGGGGUUGAAUUUGUAAUUCAGUCGUUCGUAUCACUUCAUACCAAGGAUUCUGCUUUGGGUUUACUUCGAGUUGGUUUUUUGGGGCGUUAGCUAGGAAAUUUGUUGUUGUUUGAGGAUAGACACAUUCAUUUGAUAGAUUUGAUUUUUGCUAGUAGAUUACUGUCGCCGAGGGGGGA